CCGGGGCGCGUCCUUCAAAGCCAUCAAAGCGCAGUCCGUAAAUUCGAAACGAGAGACUGCGAUGAGUCUCGUUUGAUUCAGUGGAAGGGGGAUCUCAAGGCGUGGAAGCUUUGCACCGCGGUUUGGGACUAGGGCCACGGUCGCUUAUGCAUUCCUUGUGAGGCGCCGGAAUACGAAUGGUGGCGUUACCAAGCGAGGCCUUAGCCUACACUCCGUGUCAUGAUUGACCGAUUUUGAGACCCCUAAAAUAUUUGGGCUUCAGCGGGGGAUCGGGUUGAUGGCCUUCUCCGUUAUCAUCUCAGGAGGUCAUUUGAUGUUUUGACCUGUGUUGUCAUGGACUUUGGAAGGAUCGGACAACUGACACGUGGUUGUGGGGAUCCCUGGCUUUGAGGUUCAUCGAGUGCUUGGAUAGCCUCAACCUGAAUGUCUUGCCCCGGGCGAGGAUUUUAGAAUCUGAAGAGCUUGGAUGGCGGCGCGAUUAUCGGUGAAUAUACCGGUGCACCUCUGUGGAGGAGCGUUUGACUGGCUGGGAGGCCAUUAGAACGGGUGGCUGUUUUGGGGCUCUUUUCGGUGGGCGCUAUUCGCACGAAGCGUGGGUUUUCAUGAAUCGAAAAGAGACAUCGCACUUUUCCAGCCGGCCAGUCAUGAGCCGGCGGGUUUCUCCCAGGGUCACUGGGCUUGAUUGAGUGUUGAUUCGCCUCAUGCAUUCCCGGGAGGCUUCCUCCAGCGACUGAAGAAUUAGCCGAUGAGGCAGCCUUUGAAAAACGUGGCACAAUAUAACAACUCUCCCACGAUGGCUCCUCCGGUGUAUGCUACCGUAUCAACAAACAACUUGGGACCACCGCAAAGGAUCACCGGGAAAUAUGCGAACAUUUUCCUGGGAUUCCUAAUUUUAACUCUUCCUCUCGCGGCUCUCGUUGCUGCUCUUCUCGUGCUCAUCUAUCACUACCGAGUGGAGCAGAUCACGCCUAGCGGGUUCUCGAUCGGGUCUGGGACCCCGCAAGAUGACCACGGAGCGUUAUAUGUCGACAUCAACCCGACAAUACUCAUGAAAGUUGCAUCGCUGUCGAGUACCAUCGCUGGAUUUUUGACAACCGUUGCUGCUGGAUUAGCCGCGUACCCUCUAGCGUCGGCGGUGCUCGUCAAGACUAGAGCCGAGAACCCGGACGCGCUUUUGUCGCCCUUCCACUAUUAUCUGGCGCUGGAUCUGAUCGAAAAUGCCGGGUAUUUUACCGUCUGGCGGUGGCUCAAGUUUCGAUUCAGCAAGAGUCAGAAGCAGACUAAUCCUCCUCCGCAGUUGAUCAGUAUGGGGAGAAUAGCCUGCGUGACCCUGAUGUUUGGAGCCCUGAUCUUUGUAGGAGAUACCUGGUUACACUUCACCACGGAUCCCACGGAAUUCACUCAAUUUGGCUCCCUUCGCAGCGACGCGGCCGCAUACAGCAUGAUUCUCAACUCCAAUUGCACCAGCCAGGAUAAUACCUACAACGAGCAGAACGAUCGCCCCUGCUCCUUCUCUCCCAGUAUCAGAGGCGGCUACUUCUUGAACCCUAUCACUACACUCGAGGUCUUUAACAACAUCUCCACAACCAGAAGCGUGAAUGUCGUCUCCGUCGCCGACGCUACCCACGCCUUCCUCGGGAUCCCCAACAAUGGUCGAGAUCAAGGACACGACUUCACCGCCACCACUUUCUCAGUCUCUACGCAAUGUCAGUCUGCAACGGCAGCCUGCGAUGUCAGCCGUGACAACAUCACUUCGGGAGCUGGCUCUGUGUUCCACUGUGCCAAGUAUACUGCUUGGUGGGGAUUAGUGAACGGCCCCCGCACGGACUUUUCCAAGCAUUAUUUCACCGAUGCCAGCGGUACCCAAAACGCUUCGUCGUUGGAAGACACGAUCAGUAACCCGUUCUACGUGGGUUUUGGAGGAUUCACAGACCCAUCCUCCGCGGCUGCCCUCGAGCUCAUCCAGCGUAAUGACCCGGGGGUCAUCGCACAGGAGUUUGGCGGCGUCGGCUAUCUUUUCUUCUGCAACACCACAGUGUACGAUGUCAGUUACACGGCCGUCAACGGCUCCGUCACGGCUUUCACCGCGACUCCCAGCAACAGCUCCGUGAGCACAGCACUCAUGGCUGCAGAGUCCAACCUGGACUCUGGGGAUCUUCAACUCCGCGAUGCCGCCGAUCUGGGUGCUCUCCUGGCCAAUGAUACACAGGACAUGGCCAACACGUUUGCGCUCGCGUACAGUCGGGUCUUGAUGUCCACCGUUUCGGGGGCGCUCCAGACCUCUCCGAUUCUGAACGGGCGGCAGCGCAUCACGAAGAUCGUCGCGCGGGUUCCCGUCACGCCGCUCUACUUUCUUGUGGCUUCCGUGGCGCUCAUGAUCGGGCUAGGCGUCUACCUAACCAUAACGGCCUUGGUGACUACCCGUAUCAAAGAUAUUGAAGAAGUCCGAGCGAGAUUAAGCAUGAAGCAACUCGUUGCGGACCGCAUGGAGCCCGAUGCGGCCCGGAUCCCCAUCAAGAGUAUAGAUGAUAUUUUUACAGUUGGGGCACCAGCGGGGCUUACCAAGAGGAUUGGUAUUGGAAAGAGAAAUUCUUCAGUUGGCGGGUGGGAGUUCAAGGUGUGGGAUCCAUUGAAAUGAUGGCGCUGAAGGUAAUGAAUGAAUCUAGCUUCAGCCCUUCACACCAAUGUUAUCAAGGUUUGAAUAGAUCUG